CGCGCCUUUUCUACGCAGGCCCGCCAUCUUUCCGGCCGGCUUCCAGCAGUGGAACACGUUGCUUGUGGGAAGUUUUGCUGUGGAUUAUUUUUGUGUGAUCACUGCUAUUCUUCUUCUAUAAACUAUUUCGGAUAACUGGGGCCGAAGCGGGCUUUGUGGGUCCCAGUGUCCAUCGUAGCAGUGGCCCGUCAUGGCAGACAAAAAUACCAGGAUUGCCAUCGUCAACCACGACAAAUGCAAACCUAAGAAAUGUCGACAGGAGUGCAAGAAGAGCUGCCCGGUCGUCCGCAUGGGGAAGCUGUGCAUCGAAGUGACCCCCCAGAGUAAGAUCGCAUGGAUCUCGGAGUCCCUCUGUAUCGGUUGCGGAAUUUGCAUUAAGAAAUGUCCUUUUGGAGCGCUGUCCAUAGUUAACCUGCCCAGCAACCUGGAGAAGGAAACCACACACAGAUACUGCGCCAAUUCAUUCAAACUGCAUCGACUGCCCAUUCCAAGACCAGGGGAGGUUCUGGGGCUGGUUGGGACCAAUGGUAUUGGCAAGUCUACAGCGCUGAAGAUUCUGGCUGGAAAACAGAAACCUAACCUGGGAAAGUUUGAUAACCCUCCAGACUGGCAAGAGAUCUUGACCUACUUUCGAGGUUCAGAGCUGCAGAACUACUUCACCAAAAUCCUGGAGGACGACCUGCGGGCUAUUGUCAAGCCGCAGUACGUGGACCAGAUUCCAAAGACUGUCAAGGGGUCGGUAGGCGCCAUCCUGAGCAGAAAAGACGACACAGACACGCAGGACCUGGUUUGCGAACAGCUCGAUCUGACUCACCUGCGUGAGAGGAACGUGGAGGACUUGUCUGGAGGGGAGCUGCAGAGGUUUGCCUGUGCCGUAGUCUGCAUUCAGAAAGCUGACAUUUUCAUGUUUGACGAGCCGUCCAGCUACUUAGAUGUGAAACAGAGGCUGAAAGCCGCUAUCACCAUCCGCUCGCUCAUCACGCCCGACAGGUAUGUCAUUGUGGUGGAACACGACUUGAGCGUAUUGGAUUACUUGUCUGACUUCAUCUGCUGCCUAUACGGAGUCCCGAGCGCCUAUGGAGUUGUCACCAUGCCCUUCAGCGUGCGAGAAGGCAUCAACAUCUUCCUGGACGGUUACGUUCCCACGGAGAACCUGCGCUUCCGCGAGACGUCGCUGGUGUUCAAAGUGGCUGAGACGGCCAACGAGGAGGAAGUGAAGCGACUGCGUCACUACCAGUAUCCAGAGAUGGCAAAGACCAUGGGCGAGUUUACGCUGGAGAUCAAGGCAGGAGAGUUCACGGACUCUGAGAUCAUGGUCAUGUUGGGAGAGAACGGCACAGGGAAGACUACUUUCAUUAGGAUGUUGGCUGGAGGACUCAAACCAGACGGAGGAGGUGACGUGCCUAUCCUCAACGUCAGCUACAAGCCUCAGACCAUCAGUCCAAAGUUCAAGGGCAGCGUGCGUGCUCUUCUGCACGAGAAGAUACGUGACGCCUACACGCACCCACAGUUCAUCACGGACGUCAUGAAGCCCAUGCAGAUUGAGAGCAUUAUCGACCAGGAUGUUCAGAACCUGUCUGGUGGUGAGCUGCAAAGAGUGGCGCUCACGUUGUGCUUGGGCAAACCAGCUGACGUCUACCUGAUUGACGAGCCCUCCGCUUACCUUGACUCAGAGCAGAGAUUAAUGGCUGCCCGGGUCAUCAAGAGGUACAUCCUCCACGCCAAGAAAACGGCCUUUGUGGUGGAGCAUGACUUCAUAAUGGCCACCUACCUGGCGGAUCGUGUCAUCGUCUUUGACGGGAUACCCUCCAAGAAGACGGCAGCCAACACUCCGCAGGGCCUUCUCGCCGGUAUGAACCGCUUCCUGUCGCUGCUGGAGAUCACGUUUCGAAGAGAUCCCAACAACUUCCGGCCGCGCAUCAAUAAACUCAAUUCCAUCAAGGAUACGGAACAGAAGAAGAGCGGGAACUAUUUCUUCCUGGAUGACUAAGGACAUCUUCAUGUCUGACCAAGCGUGACUUCCUGUGAGUGUUGCAAACAGAAGCAGCAGAAGGUGAUCAGAAGAUUGGAUAGAGAGCUAACAAAAACCUAUACAAUCACGUGUCAUGUGUCAGGGCUACGUUCACCAUCCAGCGCUGUUGUGAAAUGUGCACAGUUGAUACUCUGUCACUGUGGCAUGUCAAGUUGUGUAUCCAAGUUAUGGUGCCCAAACAUCACCAACAACAAAGUAAAGAAAUGUUGCCAAACAAAAAGCUGUGUGUGAGUGCA